GCGGACGCUUCUUCACCGGUACUGGGACAUCCCCGAGGGCACUGAGUGUCACCGCAAGGCGUACGCCAGCACCAGUAUCAGUGGGGCCGUUGGGGGAUCCUAAGACCCUCGUUACUGGCCCAGCUCCACAGAUCAAGACUCACCAGAUCCCAGGCAGGGCUGAAAACCCUCUCUGAUUAAUUCUUUAUAAAGCCUCUCCAAGGUCAAGUGGAGAUACUCGAGUUCGUCUAUCAUGGGAUUGGGAGAACUAAGAUCUAGAGAGUCCUCAGACUGGUGCCUUGUACAUGGGAGUCUUCUUUUGUUUUGGGGCCUGAUCACCUCUGCCUACAGCAUUGCACUCAACCCCCCCGGCUCCUUCUUGGAAGGAGUGGCCAGGACGGGACGGUACACAUUUACUGCAGCUGCUGUCGGUGCCAUAUUUGGCAUCACCUCCUGCGUCAGUGCCCAGGUCCGAGAGAAGCCUGAUGACCCCCUGAACUACUUCAUCGGAGGGUGCGCUGGAGGCCUGACCCUGGGAGCACGAACUCACAGCUACAGGAUCGGAGCUGCCGCCUGCGCGUACAUGGGCACGAUGGCCGCCCUGGUCAAGAUGGGCCAGCUGGAGGGCUGGAAGGUGUUCGCAGAACCCAAGGUGUGAGCCCCACUGCCUCCCGUAGCCUUGGGCAGGUGGAAAUGCGCCUAAAAAUAAAUUCUGUGUAUAUUUUUG